AUGACUGAACAACGAUCGUGUCUUGAGUAUUUAUCUGCUGAAAUAUUUUAUCUUAUUUUCACUUAUCUUGCUCCUCAUGAUCUACUUCGCGCCUUUAAAAAACUCAACAAACGAUUUACAACGAUACUCAUUCAACAACCACUCUGCUUGCCUUGUAAUCGACACAUGAACUUGAAAUUGUAUCUUCGUUAUCUGACCAAAAUUAUACCAAAAUAUGCUUCACAAUUCGUCUAUCUUCACUUAUCCGAACGACGUGCUCCACAUGCACUUAAUUUAUUCAUUUCAGAAGUACCUCUUGAUAAAUCGACAUGGCCAAAACUACAAGCUGUCACCAUCGAAGAUGUACCAUGUCACCUUGCUUUCGCUGAUCUUGGCAUUGAGCCACCAAGUUCGAUACCAUUGCAACAAGCCGUUGUACCUGAAUUACGUUGCGUCAGCAUUAAACUCUAUGUUGGUGUUACCUGGGUUUUAAACUUUUUCGAAGAUCUUCAACGUCAUAGUCAACUGGAACGCUUGACCAUAUCGGGUGAUAUAAAAUCCGGUGGAAAAGACAGUCUUCCACGAGUGGUCGUAUUACGACAAUGGUUGGCAUUGACUAAAUUGAAUACAUUUACAUUUCAAAUUAAAUUGGGCAUGUAUCACGUACUCAAUGGUGAACAAUGCAGUGAUGAUCUUUAUGUCGAAUACUGCCAAGCAACCGGCAUUCAAUCAACGGCAAAUUAUGAGCAAAUGGAAAUUUACGAAUUAGAUUAUGUUAAAGAUGAAUUAAUUCAACAACUAGAAGCAGUAUCUUGUUGGCAUCGUCUUAGAAAAAUCAACCUUGAAGAAGACUUUCCUGAUGAUAAUGGUGUUGUCGGUGAAAAUAUUGCUCAUUUAUUUCAUAUUGCAAAACGUUCCCCAUAUUUUCGUGAACUUUACAUCGAAUCAGAUCUUGAUUUUGGUCGUGCUCUUUCUUCGAAUGUUGAACUCGGCAUUUUACUCUCAUCUCAAAUUGAAAUAUUAUAUUUUAAGACAAAAGAUGCUGAUUGUUCACUUAAGGAUCUUGUGCGAAUAGUGGACAAACUUUUCAGUCAUUCUCCAUCGACGCCUCGUCUGAAACAGUUGACGCUGAACAUUGAUGGACAUCCAGAUUCGUGGCUUUCUACUCGCCAUUUGAUUCGUUGGCUUGGAAAAAUAUUCAAACGCUUUUCAAAGCUCAUUCAUUUCACGUUGUACUGCCAACAUGAGAAAUUUCUUCAAGAUUCUUCCAACAAUUUAUCCCAUUUGGCUCCAGAAUGGUACAUCAUGUCAUCGCUCUCUCGACCAAGAUGGAUUAGUUCAUUAAAUUAUCGACACAAGCCACAUUCAUUGGACAUUUGGUCGUAA